GGCAGUGGGGCCGAACGGGGUGACGGAGACGGGACGGCCCAGCAGCGCGCACCGACGCGCCGGAGACCAAGGCGACACAGAGGUUGUGCACGAUGGCGCUGACGCUGCAGUCGGCGCUGGCCGGCGGCCGGUACUCGGCGCUGCACGGCCGCACCUUCCGGGAGCUCGCCGCCGGCGGACAUGGCUCCUUCUCGGCGCUCUCGGCCGCCGACCAGGAGGCGCCCAUGGACCUGAGUCGCUCGGCCGCGCGCCGGUCGCCCUCGCCUGAUGUCAGCAUCACCACGGGUCACAACGCGCUGCUGGACCGGGCGAUGGGGCCGCCGCCGGAGCCGGAGCCGCUGGACGAGACGCCGCACGACCUGCGCCUGGUGCGACCCUCGCACAGUAUCAUCCCGUUUCACAAGCUGCGCAAACACGCCCAGAAGGGAUCGCGGGCGCGCCUCAAACGGCAGCGUCUGGAGGAGACGGUCAGCCUGCUGCGGGACCGCGAGGCGGCCGACGAGAAGCCGCCGCCGAGCCGAGCUGACGGCGAGGCCGCCGGUGGGGACGAGGACGGCGAGCCGGCGCCGCUGCCGCCGCCGACGCUGCCGCCGCCGCCGCAGCUGAUGCAGCAGAUGCUGAUGAUGCAGCAGCAGCAGCAGACCGACCCUGUGGCGUACCCUUCGCUGCUGUACCUGCAGUACUGCGCCAUGAUGCAGAGCCUGCAGCUGCAGCAGGCGCUGCGGCACCAGCACGCGGGUAAACUGUCGCCAUCGGCGGCGGCGUGCCCGCCCCCGCGGCGGCCCGGCUCCGUCAGCCCGGCCUCGAGUUCGGCCGGUACGCCGCCGGCCACGCCCGGCACGCCCGGUACGUCAAGCUCAGCGGACGAGCCGCCGCAGCGGCGGCGGGCGCCGCGCACGCUGACCGGAAAACACGUGCGCCAGGGCCAGGGCGCCAGUCCGGAGACACUGCGCACACUGCGCCGAGUGCUGCUGGAGAAGGCGCGUCUCAGGGACCUCGGUCUGCUACCGCCGCCCAAACCGAAACCCAAGGGCCGGCGCAGAAAGUAACCCAGUAUACAACCUACUGCCUCAAUUGAACUCAGUGUCUGACGUCUGUUGCAUGUUCGUGGUAAGCCUCGCCGCAGCGCUGAGCCAGCCAGCCAGCCAGCCAGCCGAGCCAGAGCAUCAAUACGUACACAGGGAGGGGAGGGACGAUACGGGUCGCCAUCGGGCGCCGCCGACAAUUGUUUGCACGCCGGUGUUCACGUAUACGGGUACUAAGUGACUGUGCAGCUAUGAUGUUUCACAAAUGUGUUUAGGAGUGCUGCUGAGACAUUGCGAUAUACUUCCGUGUCGCUGUGGCUUAGCUUAAACUCCCGUUGCGGAUCUCGUUGGGACUUAUUGUCACGAAAUGUUAUUGUCCAAUGUUGACCCGACCUGUCAUGGUUGAACCGAUUGUUACCAGAUAGUGAUUUGGAACUUACAUUCCAUGACAGAGGAGUCACGACUUUGUGUUGCCCCUGUUGUAAUGUAUGAUAACGCGGCAUUUGUCACGUUUCGCCCGCCUCAGGGACAAUUAUCCAUGAUUUAGUGUUCCUGUGAGCUGUUUUGCGAAUGUCUUGGUGUGAUUUUUAUACAUACUUUUGUGUGAACUGUACUAAUGGGUAGAGAUGACUUUAUUCGGUGAUACUGUUAAGUGUAGUUUACGCGCUCCAUAAUUGAUGGUGCAUGUUUACGUUAUGGAACAAUACAAGAGCUCCGUCCUUUA